UAAGAGGUACUGUUAUGUCAAAAAUUGCCAUACGCGUCGGUUAUGUGUAAGAAGACGGUCAUUGCUUGUUGCAACUAUUUGUUUUGUAAAUGUGGUGCAUUCAUGUGAUAAUGAGAAAACAAACGGUAGACUAUAAAUUUGUUAAGUGAUGCAUGUGUUCUAACUCCAGUGCCCAGUUAUAAAUUUGUUUUUUUGUAUGUCAUUGGCCCGACAAUAUGGCGGCUCCUCGACAUAAAUCACAACAGAAAAAUAUAUCUUCUAUAUUCUCGAAAUUACACGGUGCUUUUUCGGACGCAGUAUGCCCUACGAAGCUAGCAACCGACAAAAGAACAUUAGACAAAACAUGGAAACUAAUGGACAAAGUGGUGAAAUUGUGUCAACAUCAUAAGAUGAACCUAAAAAACAGUCCUCCUUUUAUUCUUGAUAUUUUGCCGGAUACAUAUCAGCGAUUGCGCGUAAUUUACUCUAAAUACGAAGAUAAUAUGCAGGCUUUAAACAAUAAUGAACAUUUCAAUAUAUUUAUAAUUAAUUUGAUAAGGAAAUGCAAACAGGCUAUAAAGUUGUUCAAGGAAGGAAAGGAGAAAAUGUUUGACGAAAAUUCUCACUAUAGGCGUAAUUUGACAAAGUUGAGCUUGGUCUUUAGCCACAUGCUUAGUGAGUUGAAGGCUAUGUUUCCCAAUGGGACAUUUGCUGGUGACCAGUUUCGUAUUACAAAAAGUGAUGCUGCAGAAUUCUGGAGAACAAACUUUGGCAAUAGUACGCUGGUGCCGUGGAAAAUUUUCCGAGAGGAGCUGAACAACGUGCACCCGAUAUCUUCAGGUCUCGAGACGAUGGCGCUGAAGACCACCAUAGAUCUCACAUGCAACGACUUCAUAUCUAACUUUGAGUUCGACGUAUUUACACGGUUAUUUCAGCCGUGGAGUACGUUGCUCAGAAAUUGGCAGUUGCUGGCUGUGACCCACCCGGGAUAUGUGGCGUUCCUGACGUACGACGAAGUCAAAGCUCGCCUGCAGAAGUAUAUACACAAGGCUGGCAGUUACGUGUUUAGGUUAUCAUGCACUCGCCUCGGCCAAUGGGCAAUAGGCUACGUAACGGUCGACGGAGAGAUCCUACAGACUAUACCACAGAACAAGAGUUUGGUGCAAGCCCUGCUCGACGGUUACAGAGAAGGAUUCUACUUAUACCCCGACGGUCGGGACGUGAACCCUGAUCUGAGCAGCGCCAUCAUAUCGCCAACUGAAGAUCACAUCACCGUCACGCAGGAGCAGUAUGAGCUGUAUUGUGAAAUGGGAAGCACGUUUCAACUAUGUAAGAUAUGUGCAGAGAACGACAAAGACAUUCGGAUAGAGCCGUGCGGUCACUUGCUCUGUACACCUUGUCUCACUGCUUGGCAAAUCGAUUCUGAAGGACAGGGCUGUCCGUUCUGCCGGGCUGAGAUCAAGGGAACAGAACAAGUGGUAGUGGAUGCGUUUGUGCCCCCACGCCCUCCUAACUCCGAUCACAAGAACUCAAACACAAAGACUGCAGUGAAACCGGUAUCUUCGAAUUCGUCAGGGUCAUCAGGCUCGUCAGGGUGCAAUGGAUCUAGCGUAGAUGUCACAAUAUCAAAUAACUCAAACGGUUGGUCGUCGAGAAACACAACGUUCAACGGGUUGACUGACGAUAUCGACGAUGCUGAGGAUUGGGCGGAAUUCAAUGCAGCCACAUCCACGAUAGACGGUCUUCGCCCUUCUGUACGAUCGCCGGCGGCUUCGCCACGCCACUCACCUCGCGCGACCCGUAGAGCGCCCGCGCCUGCCGAGAACGCGUACGGGGAGCUUAGGGCUCCGCCCCUACCGCCUAGGAAGAGCCUGUCUCCUGCUGAACCGGCUAUAGCGUCCGCAUCUAGCGUACAAGACAUCGUUACUGCUACGGCGCAGGAGCCAAGAAGGCGGUCGUCUUUAGAGCCCGAACCAGAUUCGAGGCAUCGUCUGACAUCUGUUAUCACCGGCUCUACGGAAACUAUUACAGGGAUAAUAGACACUAGACACGAGGUACCUCCCGACCCAAGGGCAUUCGAGAAGCCCCGUCGGGCUUGCACACCCCAAUCUAACUGUAGACCUUUACCCGCACCCCCUCCCGAACGAAAUUUUUCCGACGACCGACCAACGCCAACUGAAUCCCGCACAAUCCUUGACAGAAACACAGACAGACAUACACCAGACGCGAGGCAAAACGACAGACAUCCGAUGCCAGAAAAUCGACUAGACCACAGACCCGCAAACCUCCCUGAAAAACCGGCACACAUCGACAAUCGACCACACGUAGAACACAGACCAGAGAGACAUGUCCUCCCCAACCCUGAAAAUAGAACAGAUAGACUAUUACCGAAUCUCGAAUGCAGACAAGAAAGGCAUACGCAAGACGCGCAAAGACAUGUUACGAGUACAGACAGACAUGUGCCAAUUCCGGAGCCCAGUAAAGUGCACUUGGGGUUUGUGGAGAAAAUUCCAGAUCGGCAUGCGGAAUCAAGGCAUAUAGAGUUUAGACAUCCACCUGAAAGGCCUCCGGAUAAACCUUCCAGUUUUGAAAGGGAGAGAAAUGAAAGAGUACCGCCUAGGCAAAGGUCUUUGCCUUCCACGACUAGUGGAAGUGUAGACCAGCCCACGAAGUCGACGACUAUGCCCAAAUUCCCUUCGGAAGAGGCGAAGGAACCCUCUUACGAAAACGUCAGCGUCGAAAAAAACGAGUUAGCGGUUGGACCAAAGAAAUUCAACCCUUUAACGCACGACAAGCACGGAAGAAAGUAUGCUGACAACGUCUCCUAUGAAAACAUAAAUUUAGAUUAUAUCGCGAGGCUAGUAGGGGAGGGUUAUCCGAAAGAUAUCGUGGUCAGAGCUUUGGGUAUCACCCGUAACGAUCUGGAGAUGGCAUGCGAUAUAUUACACGAAUUUGGCGCAAAAGUACCGAAUAAAUGUUAGCUAACAGUUGAAUUAGUUUGAAAAGUUAAAAUCUGGGAUUACAAGUUGGUGUGUGCCAUUCGUAUACAAAAUAACUGAUACAGAAACAAAAAUGGCCGAUAUGUCGUUUCGAUUGGUCAAAAUAUCUGUUUUCGUAUUUGCAUUCGAUUGAGUCGUUUUUUGCUUGAGGCUUCAUUGGUGAAUGGCGUUGGAAAUAAAUGCAGACGGCCUGCAAUGUUUUAUGCGAGUUUCAGUCAUGAGUGUCCAUGAGGAGUGUUCUGAAAUUUCCAUUCUGGGAAUGCUUUAUAGAAGUUUAACAAUACCUAUUAAAAUAUAACAGUUUCUCUUGCACCUAUGGAGAUUUUAUUCUAUGCUGUGUUUAUAACCAAUCAAAUUGGUAUUGCAAGCUCAGAAAAAAUCUGUGAUAGUAAAAAAAAACUAAAAUUUACCUCUCCAGUUUUAGUACUUCAUGACACGUCUCAUAGAUUUGAUCGAACGGCAUCAUACAAUGUCAAGGCAAUUAGUACCUUAUGAAUUAAUCGAUAAGUCUGAUUUUGGAUGUUGGCGUGUAAAAAAGACAAAAGACCUUUGUCUACUUCAAUUAAAAACUUCGCUUGCGUCGUU